UUAAAUUUUAAAUAAUGCCUAAAAAUAAGGGAAGAGGUGGAAAGAAUUAUAGAAGAGGAAAAAACGAAAAUUUAACUAAGAGAUAAUUGGAAACAAAAGAUGAUGGUCAAGAUUAUGCCCAAGUUAUAAAAUUGUUGGGAAGUGGAAGACUUAUUUGUUUAUGUUUGGGUGACAGUAAAUAAAGACUUGGACAUAUCAGAGGUAAAAUGAGAAGAAAGGUUUGGAUAUAAAAUGGUGAUAUUGUACUUGUUGCACUGAGAGAGUUUUAAGAUGAAAAGUGUGAUGUUGUUUAUAAAUAUUUCCCAGAAGAAAUUAAGUAACUUAAAAAUCUCAAAGAAAUACCAGAAGUAUAAAUAUAUUUUAUUAUUAAGAAUUUAGAAGAACCAGGAGGUGAUAAUGUUGGUGAUAAUGUUAUUUUUGUCAAUAAAGAAGAAUCAUCAAGUUCUGAUUCUGAUUUAAGUGAUAGUGAUGAUGAUGACUCUGACCCAGAACCAAAACAAUAAUAAAAACAAUAGCCAUAAAAGCCAUAACCUUAAAAGGCAUAAGCCCCUGCCAAAGAUAAUAAAGAAAAAAUUACCAAAAAAGAUAUCGAUGAUAUAUGA